AUUGAGACAGAGAGAGAGAAAGAAAGAAAGAGAAUUUUACAAAGUCGCGCCAACAAAACAUGCUCGUUGCAGUUUAUUUCUAAACAAAGAUUAGGAUUAAUGUUGAUGAUUUAAUUGUUUAUUUUCCAUAUGAUUAUAUAUAUCCAGAGCAAUAUGCAUAUAUGUUUGAACUUAAGCGUGGUCUGGAUGCAAAAGGUCACUGCCUUUUGGAGAUGCCUUCAGGAACUGGAAAAACAAUUACGCUAUUAUCUUUAAUUGUUGCAUACAUGUUGGAACAUCCGUUGGAUGUUACAAAAUUAAUAUAUUGCUCUAGAACUGUACCAGAGAUAGAAAAAGUUAUAGAAGAAUUAAAAAAACUUAUUGAUUAUUAUGAAAAAGAAUUAAAAAGUAAACCUAAAAUAAUAGGAUUAGUUCUCAGUUCAAGAAAAAAUAUGUGUAUCCAUCCCGAAGUAAGCAAGGAACGAGAAGGAAAGGUAGUUGAUUCACGGUGCCAUUCUCUCACUGCGUCUUAUGUUCGAGAUAGACAUAAUUAUGACGAAUCUACACCAAUUUGUAAUUUUUACGAAGGAUUUGACUUAGAAGGUAAAACUCAAGUUAUACCAUCUGGUGUAUAUUCUCUCGACGAUUUAAAAGAAUAUGGUAGAGAUCGUAACUGGUGUCCUUAUUUUCUUGCACGUUUCAUGAUUAUACAAGCUCAAAUUGUAGUUUACAGUUAUCAUUAUUUACUCGAUCCAAAAAUAGCUGAAACUGUUUCUAAGGAAUUAAGUAAAAGUUCUGUAGUUGUAUUUGACGAGGCUCAUAACAUUGAUAAUGUUUGUAUUGAUUCAAUGAGCGUUAAAAUAAAUAGAAGACUCAUGGAAAGAAGUUCUGCUAAUAUUCAACUUCUAGAAAAAACUGUUGCAGAAAUGAGAGAAGAUGAUGUUAACAAAUUAAAAGAAGAAUAUGAAAGAUUAGUUGCAGGAUUAAAAGAUGCACAAGUACAAAGAGAAACUGACAUUAUUUUAUCAAAUCCUAUAUUACCCGAUGAAGUCCUUCAAGAAGCUGUUCCUGGAAACAUAAGAAAUGCGGAACACUUUGUUAAUUUUUUGAAACGAUUUAUAGAAUACUUAAAGACACGUUUACGCGUGCAGCAUGUUGUACAAGAAUCUCCGGCAGCUUUCUUGAGAGAUAUUCAAACAAAAGUUUCUAUAGAACGAAAACCCUUACGAUUUUGUGCUGAACGAUUAGCAUCACUUUUAAGAACUAUGGAAAUAACAGAUCUAACAGAUUUCUCCCCGCUUACUUUAGUAACGCAUUUGGCAACAUUAGUUUCUACUUACACAAAAGGAUUUACAAUUAUAGUAGAACCAUUCGAUGAUAAAACACCCACAGUUCUAAAUCCGGUAUUACACUUCAGUUGUUUAGAUUCAUCCAUAGCAAUGAAGCCAGUAUUUGAAAGAUUCCAAUCAGUAGUUAUUACCUCUGGAACGUUAUCACCUUUAGACAUGUAUCCAAAAAUAUUAAAUUUUCACCCAGUAAUAAUGUCUUCCUUUACUAUGACACUAGCUCGACAAUGUCUCCUUCCAAUGAUUGUAGCUAAAGGCAAUGAUCAAGUAGCAAUUUCAUCAAAAUAUGAAACAAGAGAAGAUGUUGCCGUUAUCAGAAAUUAUGGUCAACUUUUAGUUGAAUUUGCUGCUAAUGUUCCCGAUGGUUUAGUUUGCUUUUUCACUUCAUAUUUGUACAUGGAAUCUGUUGUAGCUGCUUGGUAUGAUCAAGGAGUAGUAGAUCAACUUCAGAGACAUAAAUUGCUAUUCAUUGAAACUCAAGAUUCAGCAGAAACUAGUUUAGCUCUUUUAAAUUACAUAAAGGCUUGUGAAAAUGGUCGAGGUGCUAUUUUACUUUCGGUGGCUCGUGGUAAAGUCUCAGAAGGUGUAGAUUUUGAUCAUCAUUUAGGAAGAGCUGUUUUAAUGUUUGGUAUACCCUACGUAUAUACGCAAUCAAGAAUUUUGAAAGCACGUCUAGAAUAUUUACGUGAUCAAUUCCAAAUAAGAGAAAAUGAUUUCUUGACCUUCGAUGCUAUGAGACAUGCAGCACAAUGUGUUGGACGUGCCAUUAGAGGUAAAACUGACUAUGGUAUUAUGGUAUUUGCUGAUAAGAGGUUUUCUAGAGCUGACAAACGAAGUAAAUUACCAAAAUGGAUACAAGAGCAUUUAUCAGAUGGUUUAUGUAAUUUAUCUACUGAAGAAGCUGUACAGAUUAGUAAACGAUGGUUAAGACAAAUGGCUCAGCCAUUUACGCGUGAAAAUCAAUUAGGUCUAUCACUCUUAACAAGAGAACAAUUGGAGAAGGAGGAAGCUAGUAAAAUUGAACAGAAGGCUCAACAAAAUUAAAUUUUAUAUAAAUAAUAUCUUUAGUAAAAAUAUUCCAUAUACUUAUGUCAUUUGGGAUAAGUAUUUUUAUUCGUAGCUUGUAAAGAUAUCUUUAUAUAUAAUUUUGUACUGUGAUUGUGUUUAAUAUUAAUAUAAAAUAUUAAAAAUCCAUUUG